AUGACGCAGCAAGAUUCAUUUGAGAUAUCCUUGCUUGUAGGUGCAGAUCACUACUGGGACAUUGUAGAAGACCAUAUUGUACGGGGAAACUGUCCGACCGCCGUGAAAUCCAAGAUCGGAUAUUUGCUUUCGGGACCUACAUACAGUAAGAAAACUAAUACGUCUAAAACUAGCAUGUUUAUUGUUUUGAUAUCAUACAGAGAUGAAGAAUACAAUUUAGAGAGAUUUUGGAAUUUAGAAUCAAAAUGCAUUAAUAGUAAGGAGUUAGACGAAGACGACGAUGCCUACAUUAAAGCAUAUCAGGACAGAUCAAUUGAAUUCAGAGAAAAUGAAUAUUUCGCUAGGUUACCAUGGAAACGGGAUCAUGAUGAAUUGCCUACAAAUUUAGCAGUCACGAAGAGAAGGACAGAACACGUCAUGAAAAGACUUACCCAAAAACCUGAUAUGUUAAAGAAGUACGGGAACAUUAUACAAGAACAGGAACGAAGGGAGUUCAUAGAGAGAGUGGAUGAAACAGCUGAAACUCAAGGAAUAAUACACUAUAUUCCUCAUCAUCCAGUACAGAAGGAAUCAAGCACUACGCCUAUCCGAAUCGUUUAUGACUGCAGUUGCCGCAAGUCGCCUAAUUUGCUUAGUUUGAAUGACUGUCUCAUGGCGACAUCGACGAAACUAAACGACCUGACAAAAAUUUUAAAGAGAUUUAGAGCCAACCCUGUCACCAUAACAAUGGAGAUUGAAAAGGCCUUUUUACAUGAUGGAUUAAACGACGAUGACCGAGACGUUACACGUUUCUUGUGGCUCAGUAACCCAUCCGACCCUUCAAGUAAUCUACAGACUUACAGGUUCAAAUCCGUCCUUUACGGAGCGACUUGUUCGCCGUUUAUGCUAAACGCCAUGAUACUGAAACAUUUACAACGUUACAACAGUACAAUAGCUACAUUGAUGGAAAGAGACUUGUACGUGGACAACAUUCUGACAAGUUUACAGAGCGAGGAUGACGCUAUUACGUAUUAUACGGAAGCGAGAACAAUGAUUAAGGAAGCCGGAUUCAACAUACGAUCAUGGACAUCGAACAGUGAAAAUAAACGCACACUAGCCAAGACAAAAAAUGUACUAGAUAAUGACAUCAACAAAAAAGUACUUGGUAUGUAA